AUGUAUUUUUUUAUAAUAUUUAAGGUACUUUUGGUUGGUGCAGGUGGAAUUGGUUGUGAGUUACUUAAGAACCUUUUGCUAUCUGGAUUUAAAGAAAUACACAUUAUUGAUUUGGAUACAAUUGAUCUGUCAAAUUUAAAUAGACAAUUUUUAUUUCAAAAAAAACAUAUUAAAAAACCAAAAGCAUUAAUUGCAAAAGAAAAUGCUCAGAAAUUUAAUUUAAAAGCCAAAUUGGAGGCAUACCAUUCAGAUAUUAAAGAUCCAAAGUUCGAUGUCUUUUGGUUUCAAAAAUUCACACUAGUAUUCAAUGCAUUAGAUAAUCUUGAUGCUCGGCGUCAUGUCAACAAAAUGUGUUUAACAGCAAACGUCCCUCUUAUUGAAAGUGGAACGGCAGGAUUCUAUGGACAAGUUCAAGUCAUUAUUAAGGGAAAAACGGAAUGUUAUGAUUGUAAUCCUAAAGAAAUACCCAAAACCUAUCCUAUCUGCACGAUAAGAAUGACACCUAGUUCACCUAUUCACUGCAUUGUUUGGGCAAAAAACUAUUUGUUUCCACAUAUCUUUGGUUUCGAUGAAAAUAUACUUGACAUAGAAAUCUUUGAAACUGAAGAACAUAACAUAAACAAUCUACAUACAGAAAAGAACUUUUUUAAAAACAUUAAAGAUUCUAUAGGCAAUAAAGAUUUCCCUAAAAGAUUAUUUAAAAAACUUUAUUAUGAUGAAAUUAUAGAAUUGAAAUCUUUAGAGGAUAUAUCUAGAAUAUUAAAAACAAUAAAUCCUCUUUCAUAUGAGGAUUUAAAAUUAAAAUCAUGUGCAAUUGAUAAAGAAAGAUUAAAAAAUGGUCAAUUAGUAUGGACUAUUGAAGAAAAUUUUCACAUGUUUUUUUCAAGUUUGGAAAAUUUAAGCAAAAGAUUUCUUUCGUUAUCAGAAACAUCUUCAAAUAAUAAGCCUGUUAUCUUAUUCGAUAAAGAUGAUGAAGACUCUUUGAAUUUCGUAUCAGCGUCAGCUAAUCUUCGAUCUUAUAUUUUCGGUAUUGAACAAAAGUCAAAAUUUAAAAUUAAACAAAUGGCAGGAAAUAUUAUACCCUCUAUUUCUACUACAAAUUCUAUAAUUUCUGGCAUUUGUGCUUUACAAGCAUUUCAUGUAUUAUCUAAUAAUUUAAAUUCUCUAAAAACAGUGUUUUAUUCACGACGCCCAGAAAAAGUAUUUAAUAGCGAAGCUGCAAGCCCUCCGAAUCCUCAAUGCAAGGUAUGUGGAGUGGCAAGAUCUAUAUUUUCAACAAAUAUUCAUCUUACAACACUUAAAGAUUUAGUUAUAGAUGUUUUACAAAAAGGAUUAGGAUAUGGGAAAGAGAUAAGUAUUAUAAGCGAUAGAUUACUAUAUGAUAUUGAAUUUGAGGAUAAUCUUGAUAAACUACUUAAAGACAUUGGUGUUCAGAAUGGAACAUUUUUGACUAUUAUUGAUGAAGAAGAUAAUGAAGAAGAACCAAACAGAAAAAAUCUAAUAUUAGUAAUAGAAGAAAAAACCUUUGAAAAUGCCGAAAAACCAUAUUCUAUAUUAAAUAUUUCAAUUCCUAGAUAUUUACACAAUUACAAAACUCAAGAAAACAAAACUGAUGAAGAUAAUGAAAAAAAUAUUUCCGAUUUAAAAAGAAAAUCCGAUUUAUCAUAUCUUGAAUCUGAUACAAUUUCUAAAAAAACUAAAACAAAUCAUAUUAUUAUCGAUGAUGAUGAUAGCGAUGUUGUUAUAUUAGAUUCUACGUGA